ACCUGCUGUUUUACCAAAAAUGAGAAGUUAAGUGUUUUUUUUUUCGUUGGUAUCUCCAAUAUGUCUUUUCAACUGACUGUGUUUCUCCUCGCGUCUUUUGUGUUAUACCUAAAAACAGGGGCGUCCAAAAAAUGCGGGAUAAAGGUCAAUUCGAACGCAGAGUUCAAUCUGCAGGGAUUUACUUUCAAAAGUUUGCUCUUCCGCACAUUCUGGGACUGCUUUCAAGCCUGCCAAGAUGAACCGAACUGCCUGAGUGUCAACUACCAUCUCCAUUCUCAGAUUUGUGAAUUCAACUAUGAAAUAAAACAAAGGCAGGCAUCCUCUUUUGUGAGAAAAGCUCUUUCGCUCUAUAUUGACAGUAUGAAAGAAGGUAUUGGUGGUUGUGUUGCUUCGCAGGCAUUGGGGAUGAAAGAUGGUCGCAUCAAAGAUGUCCAACUCUCACAGUCAUCUCUUAGGGAUAACAAUCCCCAAUUCGGUACGCACCGUGCACGUCUGGGCAUCACAACUUGGCCUCCAGGGGCGUUGCUUAGCGACACUGACAUGGACGGUGGAUGGUUUAAGGUCGACUUGCUGAGGCCUGUGAUUUUCACGUCAUUCGAAAUGCAAGCGUACGGUCAUAACGGCGGCUCUAUGACCAAGACCUUCCAGAUUUCCACAUCAAACAAUAAUGCCACAUGGAGUUUUGUGGAAGCGGCAGCAGGCGUCCCAAAGGUUUUUCCCGGGAACACGGACAAUGUUGGGACCGUCACUACAACAUUCAGUCCCCCUGUGGUGGGCCGUUACUUCAGGAUUGUUGCUAAGUCCUGUUCCAUCUACUGCUCAAUCAGACUGGAGCUGUACGGCUGCUCGCUAAGCCAAUAGCCUGAUAAUUGAACGAGACUCCCUAAUAACAGGCUUACUAGGCAGUUGAUAUGAAUAAUGAUAAUAAUAUGAUAGCGAUGAUAAUGAUAGUGAUCGUGAUGGCGAUGGCAUUUGUAAUAACGGCCAAACUUAAGCUCGUGACAAAUUUUGUAAUAACGGACACAUUUUUAAUAAGGUCGUGCCACAUUGGUAGUAAUAACCUAUUUAGGUGAGAGGUGUAAAUGUCAAUUUUGCAAUUACUGUUAAGAGCUUAUAAACUAGUUAUAAUUAGUUAUAAUAACUGCCCGGGUUUGUGUCGUGACGUGAUGAAACAUGCCUUUUGCUUCUGGAUCGCUUAUGACAUAAUCCCAUAAACGAUUGCUGAUGAAAGAUAAUCCUUGAUGUUUCUCUUAUGGAGAUAUAAAUUGGCAUUACAUACCUAUAAAAAAGAAUACAAAA